AUGGCUCUCCAGACUCACUUCAUUCUUAACACUGGUGCUAAGAUCCCCGCCGUCGGGUUCGGAACAUGGCAGGCAAAGCCCCUUGAGGUUGAAAACGCUGUGGAGGUCGCUCUUAAGCAAGGUUAUCGUCAUAUUGACUGCGCCGCUAUCUACCGUAAUGAAACAGAGGUUGGCAAUGGCAUCAAGAAAUCCGGCGUACCACGCGAGGAAAUCUUCAUUACUGGCAAGCUCUGGAACACAAGCCACGCCCCCGAAGAUGUUGUGCCCGCCCUUGAAAAGACUUUGAAGGAUCUUGGAGUUGACUAUCUUGACUUGUAUCUGAUGCACUGGCCUGUUGCAUUCAAGUCCGGCAACAAGUGGUUCCCUCUGAGCGAGAAAGGUGUCUUUCAACUGGCCGAUGUUGACUAUAUCAGUACCUACAAGGAGAUGGAGAAGUUAUUGAGCACCGGCAAGGUCAAGGCUAUCGGCGUCUCUAACUUCAACGUCCGUCGCCUCGAGGAACUCCUCGGCCAAGUCUCCGUCGUCCCCGCCGCAAACCAGAUCGAAGCCCACCCGUAUCUUCAGCAGCCCGAGCUGCUGAAAUUCUGUCAGAGCAAGGGAAUUAUCGUGGAGGCAUACUCCCCUUGGAGCGGCGAGCCUCGCACCGUUGAUGAUCCUCUUGUUGCUGAGGUUGCGAAGAAAACUAGCAUGGAUCCAGGUCCCUUGCUUGCAAGCUGGGGUGUUCAGCGCGGCACCGUUGUUUUAUCAAAGAGUGUUACUCCCUCCCGCAUUGCGUCUAACCUGCAGGUCAAGACUCUGUCUGAUGGGGCAUUUGCCAAGUUGACUGGCCUUGAGCGCCACAAGCGCUUCAACUUCCCUGCCAACUGGGGCUAUGAUAUUUUUGAGGAGGUUGGUGAGGAGGCGGUGCGCAAAGCUGCUGUCGCUGCGGGUCCUGCCAACAAGAUCAAGUUUACUGUUUAG